UGUCAAGAAACAUGGGAUCAGCAGUUCUUCGUAUCAUCUUUGGAGAAAACGACUCUUCUAAAAUAAGUUUGCCUUCAGGAAUACCUGAUUCUAUUGAGGAACUAAAAAAAUGAGAUAAAGAGACAAUGUGAGGUGUCAGGUGACUUCAGACUGCAAUACAAGGACUUUGAUGAGUUCAUAAAUCUGCAGUCUAUGUCAGAUAUUCAAAACAAAGCAACUCUCAAAGUGAUUUACCUCUCAAGUACUUUGUCUUCAAGUAACCUUUGCAUGUCUUCAGUGGAACCUAACCUGGAUGAGGCUGCUUCUGCUUCGUCUGUGGACACUGACAUUCUUUCAUCUCCUGGCUCAUCAUUUUGCUCAUCAUCGUCAUCCCUCAGAUCUGAGCCAUGGCCAGACGUCUUCCCUAUACCUGAGUUUGCUCAUGAUGUUGAGCUGCAGCUCCAGCGUGCAAAUUGAAAGUCUGGCGUCCCAGAUAAUCAAAUACGAAGCUUAUCCAUCCAGUGCUGAUUUUGAUGCCGUGAGUGAAGCCCUCGUGAAGAAACACCUAUGUUUAAAGGAGCAGGGUUCUGUUUCAGGCUUUUAUGGGUGGAAAAUAAGCUUAAAAUAUAAGAUGGCAAACUACAGGACGAAGCUGCGCAAUAUUGGAUGCUCUGAGCUGAAUCUGAAUUCCUUCAAGCGUAAACAAGGUGUUCCACGCACGUCUCCAAAUCAAGUGAAGAAAGCUAGGAGAGCAGAGGUAAACUAUUGUCCAGAUUAUCCAGCAGGACAAUCCCAAGAGAGCCAUGAAGAAGAGAGGCUGGCACUAUUGUCUGACGUGAGAAAGAGUAACAACCAACAGGUGGUUAAGGAAAAAAUGGAAAAGACAUUUGCUUACAGGCGUCAUGAGGUGAUUGAAGAUAGGCCUUUUAUUGCCGAGUUGAAAAGAAGGUGGCCAGCUCUUUUCUUUGAGCAUGAGGUGGAAGCUGAGUUUAUUCGCAUCACCACUGUCCCACUGAGACCGACAUUUAUGCACCAGUUGGAUCAUCACUCCACAAAGCUCAUGACAAUCUUCAAAAGGAAGGGAGGAGCAGCAGGACACAAAAUAAGGAGCAUCAUGGCUGACUUGGAUAAGAAUGAUACCAUUGAAAUGAGAAGAGCUUGUGUUCUCAAAGCACUAAUGGUUUAUCUAAAUGAGGACCCUGAAAAUCUCAUAAAAGAGUAUUUGGACGUUGAAGACAACCAGGACUCCAUGGACCGGACAGUCCUUGGAAUUUUUGCCAUGAAGAAGGAGGGUGCCGAGCCUAAAGAUGAUCGCCAUUUUGUUUGGACUCACAUACGCACUGGACUUGAGCUAUCCAAAAACACUGAUACACACAUUUGA